CAUCCACUCGCCGUUAACAGGCUAGGUUGCGCGGCAGCCGCUCUCUGACGGCUUUAUGUUGGUGCGCACGCGUUAUGUGGUGUAGGGCUGGUGGGAUCCACUAUCUACUCGAGUUCCCGGAUUGUGGCCCAGCCAAUGGUGGCCGAGCUUUCAGGUAAAAAUCAGCACAAAGAUUGGGAGAGGAGUAAUUGAGAUUGAAGUCCCAGAACUCAAGAGGGAAGGAAUGACUAACCGCUACGCGGGACAAUUAAUACAUCCUAAAUGUCCUAUGGAAUUGUCUUUUCUUGGAGCACGCAGAUGUGUCUUUUUGAUACACGACAGAAACAUUUUGUGGUUAUUUUUGACAUUGAUGACAAGAUCUGAAAAUAUACUUUAAGCUUUGAAAAAAGACAUGCUCCUAAUAAAAAUGCUUCGUUUGAAGCGAACAUGCUGCCCUUUGAUGAACUUCUGUCGCCCACAGGCAAUGGGUUGUGAUUCCUUACUGGAUCAGUUAGGCAACUGCGCCAACGAGGACCAAAUAUUUGAUGUUGUAGCGAAGAAUAAAGCCAAGCUUUCAGUGGAACAUGUCAAGCAUGCAAUACAUCUGCUGUGGCAAUUUCAAAAAGAAAGGCCACAAAUGCUGAGGACAAUAGAUAUCGUUAGAAAACAUCCACAGUUCAUGGUUCUUCAUGCAGUAGCUGAAAACAAGAUUGACCUGAUGGAUGAUGAUACAUUGGUGGACAUGUUAUACAAUGCACUGAGGUUGAAUGUCGAACCUCAUGAUUCAAUCAUACAACAAUUUAUGGUUGAGGCAUCAAGACGGAUUGAAAGGUUUAAUAUGGCUACAUUAUCCAAGUUUGCUGUGUGUCUGACUGAUCAACAUAUGUACCACAGUCCACUGAUGGGAGAAAUCACUGAUAUUGUUCACAGGAAGUUGGAAUAUAUACAGGAUGCAAGGAUACUUUCAUCUUUAAUGUUAAGCAUUUCUGGAAUGAUCUCCACACAUCUUCGGAAUUGUCUAAUAGAAAAGGCAGAAUUUCUGUUGGAUACCAGGGAUCCUUCUCAAUUGAACAAUUCACGCCGAAUAGUACAAUUUCUGCGCAACAUCAAGUUCAGUUAUCGUCCCCUGUUGGAAAAAUGCAACAAGAUUUUUCUUCAGAACAUAAAAAUUCUAGAUGCUGAUAACAUAAGUAUAAUCCUUGGAGUGUACCAGUCUUUACAUUUUAACAAUUGUGACUUUCGAUUAGCUGCUAAGUGGAGACUUACUGAACUUGUGAAUGCUCACAGUGACCCUGCCAGUUUUCUCAGGCUAUUUGCAGCACUAGGACCUUUAUCUGGACCAGUGGUUAGAGAAAGGCUUGAAUCUGCCACCUUGUUAAUGGUUGAUGAUUUCAGCCCUUCGCAAACAUUAGCAGUUAUAGAAACCAUGGAAGAGAUGGAAUGCAGGAAUCCACAACUAAUUCAAAAAGUUGCAACAACUUUGUACACGCAAUUGGAUCAAUUCAAGCCAGUGGAUAUUGCAAGAAUAACAAAGGCACUGCUGUCGCUGCGUUGUCAAAAUCCAGAGUUAUAUGCAAAAUUGAGGCAAAUGUUAAUAAGUUAUCUUCAUCGCAGUGUCAUCCCUUAUGAAGUGUCCAUGUUAACUCGAGUUCUCUCCCUCCUUCCCUCUCCGCGAAUUGAUAACCUGAUCUCUGCACGUAUCGAUGCAGUCUUGCCACAGUGUAAUUUAAGCGACUUGAAUGCAUUGGCCAUUGCUAUCACCAAGUGGGUACGGAAUGGCUCCUUAUACCAACCUGGCAUAGCAGCAGUGUACAUGAAGCUACUACAGAAGCUGAAUAAAUGUGGUUUGGAAAGAUUGCAGAAGGCAGACUGUAUGGAUCUACUGAUGGAAGAGCUAAAAUACAUCUCUGGAGAAUGGUUUGAAGAAGUCCUUGCUGAAGAAACUAUGACAACCUUUGAACGAUUGAUUGAUCAGGUGACUGAGUCCAAUGUUGCAGAAUUUGCCCUGUUUCUAACUAAAACAAAUUGUCUACAUACUGAUCUGUUGGACCAAAUAGCAUCUGUCACGCUUAAACAUAUCAACAAGAUCCAUUAUUCAGCCAUAUAUGCCACUCUGCUUCCAUUCACUAUCCUGAAUUAUGAUCCUCCACAAGCUGAAGAGUUCUUUGAAUCCAGUAUACAGCAUAUCAGGCCUCAUUUGAAUUUAUGUGACCCUCAUCUGCUGGUCCUAUUUGGUUACUCACUAGCCCUAGCAGGCUACUUUCCUGACAUUCUAAUUAAGACUAUUUUUAGUGUGGAUUUUCUAGUGAAGUUGGACUCUCAACUGGAUACAUUGCCUGAUGUUCUGAACAUGCGGAUCCGGUUACGUUUAAUGGAGCUGAACAGAGCUGUCUGUUUAGAGUGCCCGGAAUUCCAGACUCCUUGGUUUCAUGACCGUUAUUGCCAGCAAUUACUAAAUAAAGGUAAUCCUUCUGUCAGUGCAAUCCAGCAGCAGAUUCAAGAAAUAUUGGAGCACAUAUUGGGAGGAAGUAUCUAUUCCAAAACCUCUGUGUUUACCCCAUAUUAUUAUUUAAUAGACUUUGAAUGUAUCCUUGACAAACAUCAAAAGCCUCUUCCUUAUGUGGAUCAGAGCGUUAAGCUACUUUCUGAGAAAGGAAAACUAUGUUGGGAACCAGACAGCAAACAGCUAGUACCUGGAGCACAAAGGGUUGCUAUAGAUUUUCUUGACUCCAAAGCCUUCUGCAAGAACUCUCCUCACAUGAAAGGAGAAACUGUUAUGAAAAAGAGACACUUGGAGAUUUUGGGAUACCAUGUAGUACAGAUCCCCCAUUUUCAAUGGAAUUCCAUGGAAUUAUCCACAAAGGAUGCAUGGGUAGAAUAUCUUAAACAAAAGAUAUUUACAAAAGAAUCUUGAAAUCAUGAACUAAAUUUUAGCAAAAAUGGUUGUUGAAAGAUCAGCUGUGGAAAUGUAUUGAAUAUUGUAAUAAAGCAGAUUUGUUCUUGUGUUGUUAAUUUUUACUAUUUCUAAAUCCCAAUUCAACUGUCAAAAAAUUAGAAAUUCUAAACCAGUAUUUUAAAAAAUUACCACAAGUAAGGAUAAUAUUUAAGGAAUGUAUCCUACAUUAGUGAGAAGCUCCAAGAUUAGAGGUUUACCAUAUUGAAUAUGAAAUAUCUCGCGUGAAAUUUCUAUACAGUGUUGGAAUAAUGUACUAGAGGAUAAUUACUUCUAUUUUUUUAAAGAAUAUAGACUUUAAUCAAGGGAAUUCUCAAAUAAUAGAAGAAAAUGCAGUAAUUAAGUUUUUUUUAAAGAACUAGUCAAAAGAAACCUUUUGAAUCUCUGAAUUUUAUAUUUCAAGCAAUGUCAAGGCUAAUGAAACUAAUAAGCAAAUUGAGAGAAUGGGUUGAAUUUUCUACUUUUAAGUUAACUUUUAGUAUUAAGUACUCAGCUCACUGUAUUGCAUUGCAAAAAACCUUAGUGUUUUAUGUGCUUUCAGCUUCUACAGCAUGCAUAUGUUCUGCACCUCUUCAGUGUAUACCUGAUAUCAUCUUGACCACAGAGUACAAAGCAAUAUUGUAUAAACUCGUUAUAAUAAACUCUGACUCAUUUAAUAGUAAUAA